AAAAAUUAUUCUUGUUAUAUGAAACAAGGCUAGAGAAUGGCAAUGGCUUUCCGUCUCUUUCUUCUUCCUCCGUCAAGAAUCUCGGAAAGGACAACAAAAGCGAAAGAGAAAGCCAAGAGGAAGAGGAAGGCAAAGCAUUGCGUGUGCAUCGAUCUUAAGCACCCAUCUCCUCUUCUUCUUCUGCUUCUUCUCGUCUUCUCUCUCUCACUCGACAGUGUGAAUCGAGAGCGAAUGCGGAGCGAUGGCGAGGCGCGCCGAGCGGGAGAAGCUUCCGGCGUCGGAAUCGCACCACUCGACGCCGAUUCACUGCCGGCGCAGCAGCUUCUCCUACCGACGCCUCCCCGAGCAGCGCCUCCGCCUCUCCGUCCUCAAAUUGGACGGAUCCUCUUUCGAUCUGGAAAUCGCGAAGGCGGCGACCGUGAUGGAGCUGAAAAUGAAGAUCGAGAUCAUCUUCGAUAAGAUCGCCGUGGAAGGGGGUUACAGCAUUUCCUGGUCUCAUGUGUGGAAUCGAUUCUGCUUAUGCUACAAUGGGUAUAAAUUAAUCAACGAUGGAGAACAACUGAUCGGAUUUGGAAUCAAGGAUGGUGAUCAGCUUCAUUUUGCAAAGCAUGCUUCACCUAACCAAAAUCAACCCGAAAGGAAAUCGGGAAGUCGAGUAACAGAUAUCGCAGAGCAUAGGAUGUCAUCAGCAUGGCAACAUGCCGAGGAGAAUGAUGAACAUUUUCACGAAGAAGAACAGCAAGGUAGUAUUGUAGUACAGAAGCAAUUCAACUUGGUGGAUCGCAUUCGAGAGUGGUAUGGAGGGUGGGGGAGCCCUCGUAAUGCAAUUGUGAGACAUCGCAAAAAGAUUUCUUGGGCAAUAUGUUAUUAGUAUAAUGGCGUUUCUUCGAUACAAAAGAGAUGGAAUUCAAAGUGAUAUUUGCACUUAUUUCCUGGUA